UAUGGAAAGAUAAACAAAUCGGCCAUGAGAGGGCACAGUUUGUCCACAUGAGGAUGCCAACACUCUGCAGGAAGAUAUAUCAAUCUAGCUUAACAAAGGGGAGAUCACUCUCAGAAUAACAUAUGGCGAUAACGAAUAUCAUCUAGACAACAUAAGUACGCACAAUAUUGACAAACCACAGGCUGACCUUAAAUACAUAACAGCACAAGGUCGUGCGCUAGAUAUCAAAUUUCUGUCUUUUCCUGGAUAUUCAGUUCAUAUGUGGCCAGUCUUUUAAAACCAUGGAUGUUACAGAGUGGAAGACACGAUAUGUGUUGCUUGUCUUUGCCUGCUUCCUUCCUUUUGGUUGUUACUUCAAUAUUGAUGUCCCGGGUGCAUUGCAGAAGGACUUACAGGGGGUUCACACCAAAAACUGUACAAACCUUACGACCAACACGACCAACACGACGUGCUGUAGUGAUUGUCUGGGACUGGGACCAGACCGUUACAACCAGCUGUACGCGGCCUACUCCUGGAUGAAUGCCGUUAAUGCCUUACCUGGAGGAUAUUUCAUCGACAGAAUUGGAAACAGAGGUUCGGCAAUCCUGACGACAAUGGUCGCAUCUGUAGGAUCGGUUUUAUUUGCUGUAUCUGUCACUGACUCGAUUAGGGGUACAUCUGUUAUGUUCCCACUCAUGUUUUGUGGCCGUCUACUCCUUGGAGCAGGAACUGGCCCAGCUCUCAUUGUACAGAAUAGAAUGCUAGCUUCCUGGUUUCCAGACAACAUACUGUUAGUCUUUAGCUUGAUGGUUGUAGUUCUACGACUCGGUAAUGUUUCAAAUUUUUUCCUCACUGCCAACAUCGCCAACUGGAUCGGCCUGUCAACAACACUCUGGAUAGCUGCAGCUAUAUGCUGUAUAAGUAUAGUGUGUGCAGUAGUAGUGUCAUUAUUGGAUUACUAUGGACAGUCUCGGGUGAAAGUCGAAAUGAAAGUAGCCCAGAGAUCCAACUUUGUAACGCUCAGGGAAAUCCGAUUACUUCCUAAAACAUUCUGGCUUUACUCUGUCGUGAUUAUGUCUUUCUACGCCUGUUAUCUCCCUUUAAUUGGAAACGGUAGUAAAUACAUACAAGAUCGGUACGGAUAUUCCAAAACGACGGCGUCCUAUUACAACGGAGCUGUGUAUGACGUAUCUGUCCUCAUAUCGCCAGUAAUGGGGGUAAUUUUGAGGAGGCUUAACAUCACUGGAAUCGUGAUGUCGUGUUGUGCUGUGCUGACUGUUCCAGUGUUCCCUCUGUUUUCCUUUUGUCCCGAGAUACAUCCACUUAUUUUGACCAUAUAUCUGGGAACCACGUACACCGUGUUUGCUAUAUGUCUUUGGCCGUCGGUAUCCGUUCUCGUGUCGCCGGAGGUGUUUGGCACUGCUCAGGGGAUCACGAUCUGUAUGCAGGGAUUGGCGGUAGGACUGACCAACCUUGGGAUAGGGAAGAUCCUCGGGGUCACAGAAAGUCUAGACAAGACUGAACGACUAGCUAACUACCGCCUGAUGUUCUGGGUCCUGCUAGGUCUGUGUGUCAUAUCGGCAGUGUGCAGUAUUCUUGUCAAUAUACUGGAUAUGAAGCAGGAAAACUUGCUGAAUCCGGGACUAUCACGCCUCGUAAAGAAAGAACUUUAUCCUGGUAUAAAUGAACGGACUUCACUUAUCCAACACUCGGUCUCGGACUCGAUGAACGUAGCUAGUACUGACUCAAAUACCCAUAUUUCUAUCAAAUCUCACAGUUACGAGUCACCACCCUGACCGAUUGACAAUGUAGUUUUAUUAAGCGUCUUAACAUUGAUAUCAUGGCUAUAUAUCACGUGUCCCCGGCCCAUGCCCAUGGAGUUACAGACCAUACAUAUGACGUUAGAGCGCCAUUUUAUAAGCAUGAUGUACAUAUUUGUGUUACUAGAGAUAUAUUCAGUUGUAAUCUGUCAGUAUAAAAUACAUGUUUCAUUUAAAAAAAAAACGACAUUCUGGUGCAAAAUGACCAAACAUGUGUAAGAAAUAGACACAGAUACAUCCUCGAUACCCCAGGGGUUACGCUAACUUACGCUCUCUGCACCCCUGAAAUACGCCAUAGCGAAAUUGAAGAUUCAGUUUAUGCCACCUUGUUGAUGAGACGAGAAGACUUGUUCGAUCCUUUCACGUAAAUCAAAAUAAUCUCGCGGUCGCGUAACAGUAAAAUAUGACUGGUUUUGAAGUCGAGUGUCUCUCCUCUGUAAUUGUCAAAGGAUAGGUGUCACCCUAGAUUUUGGUCAGUUUUUUUAACCGAGACCAAUCAAACAGCUAUCUUUGUGCAAUCAAUUUUGCUAUGGCGUAUGUCAGGGGUGCAGAGAGCGUAAGUUAGCGUAACCCCUGGAGUAUCCAGGAUGACAAAAAUGAAAGUGUUUACUGUAAGCAUAUGCAACAUUUGUAAUACAAAAUGACGCUGUCAUAUUCAAAUAUACAUAGGGCCUCUGUAAUAGAAUUGUUAUCAUUUCAGCAUGCCUCACGUAAGCAUUAGUUGAAUAACACUAUGCUCAUAUACUGGUCAAUAGACACUGCAACGUAUGCGAAUAUGAUGCGAAGAUUACAUAACUCUACAGGGUAGAUUUAGUGUGAGGGCCUUUCCAUACAUAUUGCUCAUCCAAUUGUAUAAUAUCAGUUAGGAGUAUAUAAGCAUUUCUUAGGUUAGAGAAAAAAUCUUCAAUGGACACAUUUAUGAAACCAGGAACAGUUACACAAAUAUCUACUUUAUUCGACUUUUUUCAUUAAACAUGUCAAAGUCGACAGACCAGACAAAUAUGUCGACUAACAUUCUUUUAACAAAUUCAUUCAUAAUAUGUUUAUGUUCCUAUCGAUAUUAUAGGUAUAGCCGAGACAGAAAGGAAAAUAAAAGAAUAAGAAACAAUAAAUGCAUCGAGUAUGUUGUCAAUUAGGUUAAAAUAGCGGCGAAAAACGUUUUGAAAUAAAUUGUAGAAUAUAAGACUCUUCUAAGCUCAGAGGUGAAGGAUAGGAUAAUUCUGCUCAAAGAGGUUUUUUAAAAUUGCAGCACCACUGGACACGAAAGAGUAUUUGUCUCUCCUUGCAAUCACCAAAAUUAUCUCAGAUACCCUCAACAGGUGCUGCAGUUUCUGCAUUUAAGUUCCCGAUUUCGCAACGUCAACCUUUGUAACGUCACGCACGUGAAAUGGGGAUGUAAGAUAGAAAUUUCUUAAAAUCUUUCUUAUCCUGAAAAGUUAUGUGACUUAACCAAGGCGAACGAAUUGACAUGUAUUGUUCUGUUACACAAUUCACCUCAUUCUUGUAAUCACUUUUCAACUUCAUCCAGAAAAACAUAACUUCUUACUCGAUCGAUGGAGAGAGCAGUAUAAAGUGAUAUCAACAAGGCUUUUUUUUCACAGAAAGCUAACAAAAACAUAAUUUUAAGGAACGGUGGUCAAAAGAGGAUUGAGCAAAAACAGAAACCGAACAUGUUUCUAAAAAAAUCUUCGGUUUGGUAAGUAUGGAUUAUGAAGAUUCAU